GGUUGCCAGGGCGCCGCCCGGAAGUAGGGCGCGGCGCGCUGCCGGCCUGUCAGCCGGGCGGCGGGCGGCGUCUUCCUGUGAGCGCCGGAGUGGGACUGGAGGUGGCGCCGGGGCGCGGUGCGGGGGUGCCCUGCUCCGCGCUCUGCGCCCAGAGGAUUAUGGCGGGAAAAGUGAAAUGGGUCACUGAUAUCGAAAAGUCAGUGCUGAUAAAUAACUUUGAAAAGCGAGGAUGGAUCCAAGUGACAGAAAAUGAGGACUGGAAUUUUUACUGGAUGAGCGUGCAAACCAUCCGAAAUGUCUUUAGUGUCGAAACUGGCUAUCGGCUCUCAGACGAUCAAAUCGUCAACCAUUUUCCGAACCACUACGAACUGACCCGGAAGGAUCUGAUGGUGAAGAAUAUUAAAAGAUACAGGAAAGAGCUGGAGAAAGAAGGGAGUCCUCUGGCAGAAAAAGAUGAGAAUGGAAAAUACCUCUAUCUGGACUUUGUUCCGGUUACCUACAUGCUGCCCGCCGACUACAACCUGUUUGUGGAAGAGUUCAGGAAAAGCCCCUCCAGCACCUGGAUCAUGAAACCUUGUGGCAAAGCCCAGGGCAAGGGCAUCUUUCUGAUCAACAAACUCUCCCAAAUCAAAAAGUGGUCUCGGGACAGCAAAACAUCCUCGUUUGUGUCUCAGUCCAGUAAGGAGGCCUACGUGAUUUCGCUCUAUAUUAACAACCCCUUACUCAUCGGCGGGAGGAAGUUCGACUUGCGCUUGUAUGUCCUGGUGUCCACGUACCGCCCGCUGCGCUGUUACAUGUACAAGCUUGGGUUCUGCCGCUUCUGCACGGUGAAGUACACCCCCAGCACCAGCGAGCUGGACAACAUGUUUGUUCAUCUCACCAACGUCGCCAUUCAGAAGCACGGGGAAGACUACAACCACAUCCACGGGGGCAAGUGGACUGUGAACAACCUGCUCUACCUGGAGAGCACCCGAGGCAAGGAGGUGACCAGCAAGCUGUUCGACGAGAUCCACUGGAUCAUUGUGCAGUCGCUGAAGGCUGUGGCCCCGGUGAUGAACAACGACAAGCAUUGCUUCGAGUGCUACGGCUACGACAUCAUCAUAGACGACAGGCUGAAGCCCUGGCUGAUCGAGGUGAACGCGUCCCCAUCACUCACUUCCAGCACCGCCAACGAUCGCAUCCUUAAGUAUAACCUGAUUAACGACACCCUCAAUAUCGCGGUCCCUAAUGGCGAAAUUCCAGACUGUAAAUGGAACAAGUCACCCCCAAAGGAAGUUCUUGGCAAUUACGAAAUUCUGUACGAUGAAGAGCUGGCACAGGGGGAUGGGGCUGAUCGAGAGCUGAGAAGUCGCUCAGGCCAAUCGCUAGGGUCCAAAGGGGGCCGGUCGAGAGACUCGGGCAGAACUGUGCUCACAACCUGGAAGUGACCGCCGGUGACAGUAAGACCCCAGCCUGGACCCUCCCAGAACCGCUCCCUGCACCCGGGCCCUCACUGAAGACCUAGGAGGAUUUUGAAAUUUCUUUUUUCUAGAGUUUUUUUUCUUUCCUAAGUCUAAAUAAAUAAAGGUACUGCUUUG